CCAAAAAAUAAGACGGCGUUCAAACCCCCAAAUCCCACACCGGCCGCCACCAAAAGCUCCGCCAUUCCCAUUCCCGUUCCCAUCCCCAGCGAUAAUAGGCCUCCUCCUCUCCCCCUAAACCAAAACCAAAACCAAAACCUUCCCCCCCGAGCCCGACCCGCCGAUCCGCUUCUCCCGCCCCGACUCCGCCCCUGUCGCGCGCGCCGGUGGGGGUUUCGAGGCCGGUGCGGCGGCGCUGGCCCUCGGCUGCGAAUCCGGCGUCGGCGCGGCGAAGGCGCGUCGUGCGCGGGCGCCUGCUGCCGCAAUGAGGCGGCGCUCCGUGCUGCCGUCCCACCACGACGACGCGGAGAAGGGCGGCGGGAAGCCGCCGCAGUCGCGCCUCUGCUUCCUCGCCACGCUCUGCGUCAUGUUCUGGGUCCUCAUCUUCUACUUCCACUUCUCCGUCCUCGCACCCGACCCCGACGCGCGGCCCGUCGCCGUCGCCACCCAGGCCCGCAUUGCCCACGACCACCUCCCGGACCGCGUCUUCAACCACGACGGCCUUCUCCGCACCCCGCCCGCCGCCGUCGGCAAGGAGGAGGCGCCUGCGGCCGUCGUCGGCAAGGAGGAGGCGCCCGCGGCCGUCGUCGGCAAGGAGGAGGCGUCCGCGGCCGUCGCCGAGAAGGAGGAGGCGCCCACCGCCGUCGUCGGCAAGGAGGAGGCGCCUGUGGCUGUCGUCGGCAAGGAGGAGGCGCCCGCGGCCGUCGCCGGCAAGGAGGAGGCUCCCGCGGCCGUCGCCGAGGAGGAGGAGGCGCCCGCGGCCGUCGCCGAGAAGGAGGAGGUGCCCCCGAAGGAGUACCCGUUCCAGCGGGCGCUCAAGACGGCGGAGAACGCGAGCGACCCGUGCGGCGGCCGGUACAUCUACGUGCACGAGCUGCCGCCGCGCUUCAACGAGGACAUGCUCCGGGAGUGCCACAGCAUCAGCGUCUGGACCAACAUGUGCAAGUUCAUGAGCAACGACGGUCUCGGCCCGCCGCUGAGCAACGAGGACGGUGUUUUCUCCAACACCGGCUGGUAUGCCACCAACCAGUUCGCCGUCGAUGUCAUCUUUGGCAACCGGAUGAAGCAGUACGAGUGCCUCACCAAGGACUCGUCCAUCGCCGCGGCGGUGUUCGUGCCCUUCUAUGCCGGGUUCGAUGUCUCGAGGUAUCUCUGGGGGUAUAACAUUUCGAUGAGGGACGCCGCGCCACAUGAUCUGGUGGAUUGGUUGAGGAAGAGGCCCGAGUGGAAUGUGAUGGGUGGGCGUGACCAUUUCUUGGUUGGGGGAAGGAUUGCGUGGGAUUUCAGGCGGUUGACGGACGAAGAAUCUGACUGGGGCAACAAACUGCUGUUCAUGCCGGCUGCGAAGAAUAUGUCAAUGCUGGUGGUGGAGUCAAGCCCAUGGAAUGCCAAUGAUUUUGCGGUACCAUAUCCGACUUACUUUCACCCUGCCAAAGAUGAGGAUGUUUUCCUUUGGCAAGAUAGAAUGAGGAGCCUGGAUAGGCCAUGGCUGUUCUCAUUCGCAGGGGCUCCUCGUCCUGGUGAUCCAAUGUCUAUCAGAGGGCAGCUCAUCGAUCAGUGCAGGACAUCAAGUUUCUGUAAAUUGUUGGAGUGUGACCUUGGAGAGAGCAAGUGCCACUCCCCAAGCGCAAUCAUGAAGAUGUUCCAGAGCUCUUUAUUCUGCUUGCAGCCCCAGGGUGAUUCCUAUACUAGAAGAUCUGCCUUCGACUCAAUGUUGGCUGGCUGCAUACCUGUUUUCUUCCAUCCUGGUUCAGCAUAUGUCCAGUAUACAUGGCAUCUUCCGAAGAAUUAUACGAGUUACUCCGUCUUCAUCCCUGAAGGUGGCGUCCGUGAUGGAAAUGUCAGUGUUGAGGAGAUACUAAGAGGUAUCCAUCCAGACAUCGUCAAGCAGAUGAGGGAAGAGGUUAUCAAUCUCAUACCAAAGGUGAUAUAUGCUGAUCCAAGGUCGAAACUGGAAACGCUGAAGGACGCGUUUGAUGUUUCGGUUUCGGCAAUCAUCAACAAAGUGACACAAUUGAGAAGAGAUAUCAUCUCAGACAGUGAAGAUAAAGAUUUUAUUGAAGAGAAUAGCUGGAAAUAUGAACUGUUAGAAGGACAGCGGACAAUUGGACCUCAUGAGUGGGAUCCAUUCUUCUCGAAGCCCAAGCCCAAGGACAAGGGUGCAGAUUCUGUCGGCAGCGUCUUCUUGAAACAACAAGAUGAGCAUACAUGUGGUGGAUUGAUGAUUCUACAGAGUCCGAAGGAUGAGACGAAAGAGAACCGGCUGCUCCUUAAUACCAGAAAAAGAAAAACCCAUGACUUACUGGCAGGAAAUCCGGGUGUCCUUCUCUUUGGAGCGGAAAUUGAGGCCUUCGUCAUGUAAACAAUCCAAGUUGCUGUCAAGUCCCAAAGGCCAAAGGCCAGCCACGUCCAUCAGCGACAGCAACAGCGAGCGAAAGCAGGCAUAGUACUGCACUGCACGUUUGCUCAUGAACUUGGGCGGUCUGGCGUGAAAAAGCGCGGCACCGUCCCGGCCUUUGGGAUCUCGGAGUUGGGUCCAUUUUGCAAGCAAAGAGACGGUGGUGUCGCCUCGAAGCAGGGAAUCCAAUCCGUUCCAAUCAUGGGCGGGGAGGUCGUGGCAUGGAGGCGCGCGGUUUGUUAUAUUGGGUGGCGCAGCUUUUGAGCUGUAAUCUUCUUUUGUUUUAAGCUUCCGAGCCUGAUGAGAUGAUUAUGGUUAUGACAAAGCUGCUCAUAUUACUACUAAUGCUACUCAUGUCGUUUUGGAACAUAGUCAUAUCAGUCAUAUUUUAUAUGGAGUAAAAUGCAUUGUAAGUCCUAAAA